CCAUUCUCUUUCUCUCUUUCUCUCUCUCUUUCUUUCUUUUUCUUUACAUGACAGACCCCAAGGCUGGAAGAGAAAAGAGUCUAUAUAGUGUAUAUGAACACGAGAAAGUUUUGCCCAUUGUAUUACCCAUUUACAAAGAACUGCAACAAGUGGAUUUUCAAGUCCAUCAUUGGGAAAUAAACGACUGGCAAGCUUUGGAACAACGUGCUCACGGUCCAAUUUUCGAAGCAGCAGGAUAUCAAUGGCGUGUCUUGUUGUUCCCCAAGGGAAACAGUCAACAUGAAAUGAUGUCCAUCUAUCUAGAGGUUGUUAUGGACACCAAAGGAGAAUCCUAUACAAAAGAUUGGUCCGUCUGUGGUCAAUUUGCUGUAGUCAUUUCAAAUCCGGACGAUCCCAAACAGUUUUACACCAACAAUGCUCAUCAUCGUUUUUGUGCGGAUGAGAUUGAUUGGGGAUUCACUCGUUAUCAUGAUCUGAAAUCAUUACAGACCGGUAAAGAACCUUAUAUCAACCAAACUAAUCAAACCGUCAUCUCUGUCUUUUUACGAGUCGUCAAAGAUGAAACAGGUGUCUUAUGGCGCAACCUCAUGAACUAUGAUUCCCGUAAAGAGACGGGUUAUGUGGGCAUUCGAAACCAAGGUGCCACAUGUUACAUGAAUUCACUGAUCCAAUCACUCUUCUUCACCAAUAUAUUUCGAAAAGCCGUGUACAGGAUACCCACCGAGAAGGAAGAUCCCAACAACAGUGUGGCUUUAGCAUUGCAGCGUUGCUUUUACAGUCUGCAACACUCGGAUGAUUCGGUGGGAACCACAGAACUCACCAAAUCCUUUGGCUGGGAUUCCUUGGAUGCCUUUAUGCAACAUGACGUACAAGAGUUUAGUCGAGUACUGCAGGAUAAUUUAGAACUCAAGAUGAAGGGUACGCCAGUGGAUGGUGCAGUGACACAUAUAUUCAUGGGAAAAAUGAAGAGUUAUAUAAAGUGUGUCCAUGUUGACUAUGAAUCCUCUCGAGUAGAGGACUUUUAUGACAUUCAAUUAAAUGUCAAAGGAUGCAAGAAUUUAGAGGAUUCAUUCCGACGUUAUGUGGAUGUUGAAACUAUGAGUGGUGAGAACAAGUACAUGGCUGAAGGGUAUGGAUUACAAGAUGCCUGUAAAGGUGUCAAAUUUGAGAGCUUCCCUCCCGUGCUUCAUCUCCAACUAAAGCGAUUUGAAUACGAUAUGCAAAGAGACACCAUGAUAAAAAUUAAUGAUCAUCAUGUGUUUCCGGACAAUAUCAAUCUAAAUGAGUUUUGCUCCAUACCCAGUCAAGAUCCUACCGAUUGCAACUAUGUUCUUCACGGAGUGCUGGUACAUAGUGGGGAUAUUGACGGAGGACACUAUUUUGCAUUACUAAAACCCGAAAAGGACGGUAAAUGGUUUAAAUUUGACGAUGAUCGAGUCACACCCGUCACGUUACGGGAAGUAUUUGAAGACAAUUACGGCGAUGACCCAUUGCGUGUAGCUGAUUUAAACGACGAUGAUCCAAAGACGCCCGUGACGGAAGAUCAGUUGCGAUGCACGAGUGCGCGAGCUUUGAAACGGUUCACCAAUGCGUAUAUGCUUGUUUAUUUUCAACAGAAUAAAUUAGAUGAGAUAUUAGGCCCCGUUAAAGACGAAGAGAUACCAAAGCAUUUAGCAAGAUCGCUCAAGGACAAUGCCAAGGCAUUCCGAGAAGAUGCCUUGAACACAAUCAUGUCUAAUAAUGCUCAACCAACUACAAAACAAAAACAUAUUACAUUAAAAAAGUCGGAGAAAUCACUAGAAAAAAAGUGUCAUAUCAUGUAAAGAAAAGAAAAAAGAAAAGAAAAGAAAAAAAAACACACAAACACACACACACUUUAUUCGGCUCUCUUUUUUU